AUGGAAAUAGAAACAGAAACACGAACGGUGAUCCAGACGCAAAUGAACGAACUUAUUCUACAUAAUGAAGCUACUGUCAUUAAUACAAUUUAUGUUGAUCAAUACUAUCGAGCAUCAAAUACUUUACCAUAUGCAUUAACUACCGUCUCGACAGCGUUUGCAACUCAACUGAACAAAAAUGUUAAAACUGCAACUAUUACAAAUCAAGUCACCACUACGAUUGAAACUUCUCAAGAAUCCACCUCUACUAGUUCUACAUCCCAUAGCAGUAGCUCAUUGGGAGUUCAGAGUAGUCAAUCAGCGAGAAUGACAUCAGGAAUCUCCUUGAACAGUCUAGCCAGUACAUCGGAUGGAAAAAAUACUAGUGGUACCAUUUUAGGUCUUGCCAUAGGAUUACCAAUUGCCUUGUUUGUCGUUGGAUUGGGAAUUGUGUUCGGGUUCUUGUACUAUCGAAGAUUCCACUCAAAAGUUGAUCCUGAUAAUGAAAAUAUGCAACAGCAUGAGCCAGAUUCGGUGUUAGGGAAGCUAUAUGGGAUGCAAGAACUUAAUGAUUUAAAAAAAGCAGAACUUUUCAACGAAAAGAAACAGGAUGAAAAGUAUGAUAGCGGCGUAAGCUCUAAGAUCACAUACAAAGUUAGCAAACCUUAUAUUUCUCAUCCUGAACUCAUUCAAACACCGGAAAAAUUGGCAUUUACGGACAAUCCAUACAGAAAAAAUGUUAACCAAAAAAGCGACACGAAUGCGUACUCAAAUUCGACAAUGGAUUUAGGACAGUUUCCCAGACCAUUAGCAUCACCCUUCAAGAAAUGGAACUAUGAAUCGCCACUUUCAAGAUGGUUUUUAACCAAAUCUACUCUAAUCCAAGACAAAAUUCAAACAGCAAAGACCCCUACUAUUCAUUUGAAACAACUUAAUAUACUUGCAAGAGCAAAUAAGAGUAAGAUCACUAUAAAUGGGGAGGAGCCGUACACUGAAAUGUCACCGAUGCUUCCUAGUGUUCCUCGAUCUCCAUAUGAAGCUAUUGAAUCACUGCCGUCAUUAGAACUUAAAGAGGAAAGUGAAAUACCAAUCAAUGAAUCUAAGAUACGAACGGAACAAGGCGUAAUCAAACCGCAAAUAAUAGAUACCAACUUAAAACCAACAUAUCCAACGCUGCUCAAAUUGGAUAAACUAUCGAAAACAAAACCACUACCCAAGCCGCCUAAUCCCCACUUCACGUCGGCCAACGAUGAUCAACAUGUUUCGGAUAAUGUCAGUGCAAGAAGUGACCAUCAUGACUUACGAUCUGCGAGAAAAUCAACUGCUCAAGAGCAGGCAAAAUUAUACCGUGUUGUCAAGGACUAUCAGGCUGUGUUGAUGGAUGAAAUAGAUAUACGAGGAGGUGAACUUGUACGAGUACUUGCAAGACACACAGACGGAUGGUGUUUAGUGGAAAGAAGUAAUAUCCAAAACCAUAGUUCACUAGAUGGACCCACUUAUUUGAAUGAAAACCGUGGUAUUGUGCCCGGGUUAUGUCUUCAAGAGAGUAUGUAA